GACAGAGAUAUUCUAUUCAUCUCUAUAUAUCUUGUACACGAGAACUUUGUUGACUUUGUUGAUUUUCAAAACUCAUUUUUCAAAUAGUUUUUCCUAUCGAGUCUGAAGGUCCAGAUCUGUUUGUAAGACCGUAAUAUUGAGAGAACCUGAAUUAAUAACUAAUAACUAAUAACUGCUUAUGAUAAUAAUUAAUAAUUGUUGAUACUAAAGAUAACCUGUCUCUACACAUGAGUAGUGUAUUUUAUUAUUAACUGAUAUUGUUAUGUGUUGAUAAUGGUGUCUUUAAAAAGAUAACUUAAAAUUAAUACAACUCGUGAAAGAACAUGAACUACUAUACAAUUCUUCUGCUGAGAAUUAUGGAUCUAACGUCGCACGAAAUAAUGCAUGGAAAGAAAUUGCGAGGAUUAUGGGAUUGUCAAGUAAGGAAUAAAUUUAAUAUUAUUUAAGUGUGAAAUACACAAAAAGUAGUAAAAUUAUAUUGAAUACCAAAAACCAAAUAUUUAUAAACUAUCUAUAUUCUAAUAAUAGAUAGUUAUUAGAUCCAGUUUGAGUCAUGUAUAUCCAAAGAGAACAACAGGAUUAGUUGAUUAACCAUAUAUUUGUAUACUGUCUUUUUUGGACUACUAAAUUGGAAUUUUUCAGAUGCUACAUGAUCUUCUCAUAAUUUUAACAACUUUGACCCUUAGACGACUAAUAAACAAUAAAAACUGUAUAUUAAGAUAAUGGCAAAUAACUUACUUAAAGAUAAAGAAUUGUGUGAUAGAUUUCAAAGCAGCUGUGUUUACAUAAAUCUACACCAUACUGUCCAUAACAGUAUUUUAUAUCUUUCUUUUUAUUAUUUUUUAUACAUACGAUAUCUUUGUAGAUCUGAAUUUUUUUCUUUAGAACAAAUUUUUGAAUGUAAAGACAAUGUGUAAACCAAAAUAUCAUAUAUAAAUUGUAUGACUUCUUUACCCGUUGUGAACAAUGAUUCAUGAUACAUCAUAGAAAGCUUUAACAUAUAUGUUAAGCAUGUUAUAUAAAACAUUUUGAAAUUUCAUUAACACUACAGUGAGGUAUGACUAUUAUGGUUAUAUCAGUAAAGUUUAAAACCAAUCUGAAAAUAUACACAGAAUAUUAGAUAUACCAUUAUAUGUGUACCCUUGGGCAGUUAUAUAAAACAAAAAAUGAACAGAAUAAAAUAAAGGAAAUAAAACAAAAAAAGUGGGCAAGAUGCACUAUUUCAAGCAUCCUGUACUUAUUGCAAAAUGUGUGUUAAUUAUAAACUUUGUUCUAUUUUAGCUGCACAAUGUAAAAGGAGAUGGAUUAUUAUGAGAGAUCAGUAUCUAAGAUUUCUACGGAAAUCAACAGUAAUCAACAGGAAGUCAACAGUAAGAAAAAAACGGACUCCAAAACCAUAUCAGUACCACUCUGAAAUGGAAUUCUUAAAGCCAUAUUUUAGGCAAGCAACAUUUUAUGGAUGGUUACCGGAAUUUUAUACUCGCAAUGUGCGAAGAUCGCCUCGUAUUUCAGAUACUAUAAUAGAAAAUACCAAUUUAAACAACACCAAUGAUGAAAAAUUAAGAUCUGGAUCGAUAUCUGUAAUCACUAUACCAUCGGAUCCUCUUCCAACUCAACAACUUUCAAAUUCAAAUUCAAAGAACGCAUAUGAGAAACCUCGUAUAAUCGGAUCUUCAUCUCUCGUAAUGGAAUAUGCAAAUGAUAAACAAUGUGAAACUCGUGAUGUUCUAACAAAAUACUUUGAAACUGUAGCUGAAACAGUUCGAGAAUUUCCACCAACAUUACAAGUGAAAGUAAAAUCAGAAAUAUCAAAGAUAGUUCAUCAAGCUGAAAUGGAACAUAUUCAUCAAAUUCAACUACAACCAUACGGACAAUUGAUAAACAGUUUUCCAGAACCCGAGCAAAUGUCUCUUAAUAACAUUAUGAAUUCGCAAUAUACAGUCGGACAUACUUUAACAAAAAUUGAACAUCCCGGAUGAAGAUUGCCGCUAAAUGUUUUAUUGAAAUAGUGAGUCUAUAAUAAAUUGAGAAAAUUCACAACCUUCAUCAACAAUUUACGUUUUUUGACAAGUUUGGAAUUGUAAUUAUAUAUAUAUAUAUAUUGUAAUUAUAUACUAUAUAUACAU